UGAGAGCCGGCCGGAACCUUGGCGCCGCGACGCCAGUUUCCGGCGGGCUCCUUAGAGCGCGGAACAGCUUUGGGCCGAAGGACCAUGAGAGGGCCGGAACCGGGUCCCGAAGCUACGAUGGAGGGGGACGUGCUUGACACUCUAGAGGCACUGGGGUAUAAGGGACCACUGUUAGAAGAGCAAGCCCUUAUAAAGGCAGCAGAGGGUGGACUAUCUUCACCUGAAUUUUCAGAGCUCUGUGUUUGGUUAGGCUCUCAAAUAAAAUCAUUGUGCAACUUGGAAGAAAGUAUCACUUCAGCUGGGAAAGAUGAUCUAGAAAGCUUCCAGCUUGAGAUAAGUGGCUUUUUAAAAGAAAUGGCAUGUCCAUAUUCUGUACUCGUAUCAGGAGAUAUUAAAGACCGUUUAAAAAAGAAGGAUGACUGUUUGAAACUUCUAUUAUUUUUAAGUACAGAGCUUCAAGCUUUACAGAUAUUACAGAACAAGAAACGUAAAAGUUCUCAAUUAGAUAAAAAUAGUGAAAUUUUUCAGGAAGUUCAAGCUAUCUGCGAUACCCUUGGUAUUCCCAAGUCAACAACUUCUGACAUUCCACUUAUGCUGAACCAAGUGGAAUCAAAGGUGAAAGAUAUUCUCUCACAUGUCCAGAAAAAUCACGUGGGAAAACCACUGCUGAAAAUUGAUUUAAAUCUGGAACAGGCGGAACAACUGGAAAGAAUCAACGAUGCCCUUUCCUGUGAAUAUGAGUGCCGUCGGCGGAUGUUGAUGAAACGAUUAGAUGUAACAGUGCAGUCCUUUGGAUGGUCUGAUAGAGCAAAGAUAAAAACAGAUGACAUAGCAAGAAUUUACCAGCCUAAGCGUUACGCUUUGUCACCCAAGACAACAAUAACCUUGGCACAUCUACUUGCUGCCCGUGAAGAUCUAUCCAAGAUCAUCAGGACAAGUAGUGGCUCCAGCCGGGAGAAGACAGCAUGUGCCAUUAAUAAGGUGCUGAUGGGAAGGGUGCCUGACAGGGGAGGACGGCCGAAUGAAAUUGAACCACCACCCCCUGAAAUGCCCCCUUGGCAAAAGAGACAAGAAGGCGGCGGAAGGGGUGGUUGGGGUGGUGGAGGUGGAGGUAGAGGAGGUGGUGGGAGUGGAAGAGGCGGUUGGGGAGGGGGAGGGGGAGGGGGGUGGGGUGGAGGUGGAGGAGGGGGUGGUAGAGGAGGAGGUUUCCAAGGCAGGGGAGAUUAUGGUGGAAGAGGGGGCUAUGGAGGAAGAGGGGGCUAUGGAGGAAGAGGUUAUGGAGAUCCAUAUGGAGGAGGUGGAGGAGGUGGUGGUGGAUAUAGAAGAUAUUAAAAGCUAAGCAUUUAGAUAGCAGGCUUACUUCUUAAUAGAUAGAUUAGGCAUAGUGUUCUAAAUAACUACUUGAAUGUCAUCUUUGAAGUAAACACCAUGUUAGAUUCCCUGAUGAUAUCAUUCUUGAAUUGGGUUUAGUAUGUAAAGAGCAUUGUUUUAUACUACUGUUUGAUCUCUUAGACAGUGAUGAUUUUUUCUGUAUUCUGUGUACUCUUGAGCAUGUUAUGUCUUUUUAAAAAACAAAAAAAAGAGCAAAAAUUAUUUUUAAAAGUGUAAAUAUAUUAUUACCAUCAAACUUGGAAAAUAGAAAGUAUUUUAUUGUCAUGAUUGAAUUUAGAUUGUUACCUGUAUUUUAUUCAGGUCUGAAACAUAAACAUAAAUGACCCCACUUGUAGUGGAAAGGAAUAUAGACUAUUGCCUCAUCUGUA